CUACUGGGCGUGUCUCUAAACGCCACAAGCAGGAAACAUGGCGUCGUUGGCAGGUCGUCUCUCUCGGGCUUUUUUCAGUAGAACUACAGCAACACUGAGCCGCAACACUGGCCCAAAAUCAGUAAACGCGACUUUCAGCCGAACUGCCGUGUCAACCACAUCGGGGGCUGUCCUUCCUAAACCAGUUAAGGUCCCGCUGGGUCUGACCCGCAUGACUAUAGUGGUGGUUCCGUUCCUGUAUGUCGGUAAUCUGAUCAGUAAACAUUUCGCUGCUCUUCUGGAGGAACACGAUAUCUUCGUCCCAGAUGACGACGACGAUGACGACUGAGCGCAGUGCAUGUUUACCUCCAGCAGUCACUCCGAGGGGCUGAUGCAGACAGGAUAUAUUUAUGCAAUAAUAAAGAUUGUCAACACAUUUGUGUUUUCAUUCCUUCAUUACACUAACCAUGUCCAUAAGCCAAAGUUUGAUGCUGUUGUUAUGUUUUUAAAGACAAUAUGACUUGAGGCUGCCCUCAGCAGUUGCCUCUCUUCUGUUUAAUAAAUUUUGGGAAUGUCA